UUUUUUUUUUGCAAAUUUGUCAAAAGGCUCUUCGAAGUGAGGGUGUUAAGUUUUUAUCGUUUUCUUUAGUGAGAUUUAUUUUCUUUACGUUUGUUAUGUAGACAAUGCAGAUUCAAGAUGAUGUCUGAUCAGUUUAGAAAAGUAGAACCAUAUUCCCCGAAGUCCUCGCCGCGAGGCGCGAGGUCACCAGUGGUUUCUCGCCAGGACUCCUCUGGAACACUCAAAACUACUAUCUCACUGGGCAAGAAUCCGUCUAUAGUGCACAGUGGACCUUUCUAUUUGAUGAAAGAACCGCCAGGAGAAUGUGAACUCACAGGGGCAACAAAUUUAAUGGCUUAUUAUGGGCUUGAGCACUCAUAUAGUAAAUUCAAUGGGAAAAAACUAAAAGAAUCCCUAUCAUCCUUCCUUCCUAAUCUCCCUGGCAUCCUAGAUGGGCCUGGACAAGAAGAUAAUAGUACCUUAGGGUCAGUGAUAGCUAAAAGGCCUAUUGGUGGUAAGGAACUGUUGCCUCUGAGUAGUGCCCAGCUGGCUGGUUUUCGGCUGCAUCCAGGCCCACUGCCUGAACAGUACCGCUAUGUAAGUGCAACCCCACCAAAGCGACAUAAGACCAAACACAAGAAACAUAAGCAUAAGGAUGGAGUUCCUGCAGGACAAGAGACUCCUCUGCAAGAUUCCUCAAACCCAGACACAUAUGAGAAGAAACACAAAAAGCAGAAACGUCACGAUGAUGACAAGGAACGUAAGAAACGGAAAAAGGAGAAAAAGAGGAAAAAGCAAAAACACAGUCCCGAGCAUGGAGGCCUCACACCUAGCCAGCACCCUUUACCAUAAGCUAGACUACUGUAGCAUGUAAGUUGAAGCUAUUGAGCCCAAAGAGACUGCACCAUAGUUUGUCAUGUAAACAACACUUGACUAGGUUUGCUCCAGGUAUUCAUUGUUUGAGUAGUAAAAUGUCACCCUAUUUAUACUUGUAUUAAGACUGUAUUAACUGAAUAUGGUGAAUAUUUGGACAGCCUGGUAAAGUGGCAGUAAAUCAGUUACAUUGUGCUACAACCAAAUAUGGUUACAAUCUACUCACAAAUGUUUUCACUUUCAUUCAAUUUUAAAUUAAAUCAUGUAGAGACAGGUGUUGUAAAUAAAACCUGCUUUUGAUUAAACUUUCAUCUGUCCACACUUAGCCUUGAAUGAGUCUCACUUAUGGCUCUUGAUAUUUACAGCCAAAUUGUAAGAGAUGGUAGACUUGAUAACUAAGUGAUUGGGUUCAUAGAUAGCAUAAAAUGGAGUGAUUGCAUAAAUUCCGAAUAUAAUGACUGAAAUGUUAGAAGUGCUUAAUAUUUGUAAAAGAUAAAUGGUGAUGGAUGAUAGGUUUGAGGAGAAGUGUUUUAUAUUCUGGAAUUAAUAACUUUAUUUAUUUGUUAUUAUCUCAUUAUGCUGUAGUAUAAAUUAUGUCAAUAAAUACUUUUACUCAAUUAUUUUAUGUAAGUUGUUAGAUCUAGUGAGUGAUUAAGAAUCAGUUUUUAUUGUUACUUGAAUCUUGUUUUUCAAAACAGAUGCCAUUGCAAGCAUAUUAUAGUAUGGAAAGGCUUUCUUAUGAGAAAUAUAUGGCUCCUUUAAUUGAUAUGUGCACUAGCAACACUUAUACUUAAUUCUCAAUGUUAUUGGGGUAAACAAUAUGAAACAAGUGUGUUCAUAAUUAUAUCUCUAGUAGUUCAAUCCAUCUUUGCAUAAAUCUUGUCAUCUCUUUGGGCUUGACUCUUAUGAAACUAAGUAUUAAGUAAUAUAAUACAGUAAUUAAUAUUUCUUUUUUACCAUUUUGUUAGUUUUCUUUCUAUAUCUCCAGGAUACCCGAGGGCCAGAUACAUUGUAAAUAUACAUUCAUCAUUAUUGUUUUAUUUUAUGAAUAAGAAGUACCAUUCUCAUAGACGUAAUAAAUUUGAUAGAACGUUA